AUGACCGCCAUCUUCUUGCCAGAGACCUCCGCCCUAGCUAAAAGACUACUCCUGCACCGCAGGUUUCUGGCUGAGCAGGUAAUUAUCCGCAAGUACAGAUCUGUCGAGAUUGUGCUCGCAUUCAUGGAUGGAUCGCUGGUUUCCAUGGCCGUCUUACGCCGCGAUCUCGACGACCUUUUUGCUGAAGUACGCACUCGUUGUGACAAUUACGGCCCAGACGAAGGAGGCUCCAAGAUUGCGCAAGAGAUUGACAGAUCCAUUGAAGACUUCUUCGACAACUGGUCUAGAGCGUGGCCUUCAGUCAUCAGUGAUCCGGAGAGUAAGAGUUUACCUCCCAUUGCUUGA